AUGGCCUGGUGCGCCGCCGCGAGGAGCUUCCACAUGCCGGCGAUCGAUGUCGGUGUCCUGCGCUCUCGAGCUCCAUUAGCCUUUGGAGCCGGAUGCGCAUCCUUGGCCGGUGGUGCUAACUUCCGCCGUUGUGGCCCAUCGCCAGCCUUCGCUUCUUUAAGCAUUUCAACUGAUGCCUGCGCAGUUAUUAAGGAAGCUGUGAAGACAGAAAAGGCUCCAGCAGCAUUGGGGCCGUAUUCUCAAGCAAUUAAGGCGAAUAAUAUGGUCUUUGUUUCUGGGGUUCUUGGACUGAUUCCAGAGACUGGGAAAUUUGUCUCGGAGGAUGUAGAGGAUCAAACUGAACAGGUACUUAAGAAUAUGGGAGAGAUACUUAAAGCAAGUGGUGCAGACUAUUCUUCAGUUGUAAAGACAACAAUCAUGUUGGCUGAUCUGACAGACUUUAAGAAAGUCAACGAAAUUUAUGCUAAAUAUUUUCCAGCACCAGCACCGGCUCGGUCCACGUACCAGGUUGCUGCACUGCCAUUGAAUGCACGGAUUGAGAUCGAAUGCAUAGCUGCUGUGCCACAAUAA